AUGUCUUCUUUGAAGCAAACACUUAGCGAGUACCAUCCUGAAACAAAGGAGUUGGACGCAUGGAUAAAUGAAACUUUUAUCUUAAUGAGGCAAUAUUUCGACGGGCUAGAGGUGCUGAGACACAAUGUAGAUUGGCGGGCCAUUGCAUACCACGCCAUGUUCAUCUGUGGCUGGUGCGAUCGUUUUGAUAUGACCGAUGCCAAGUCCACUAUGCAACAGGUUCAGGCCAAGUGCAUUGAGUUCGGUCAAGCCCACGACAUAUUUACGAACCGGCAAAUGGAAGCAUGGCCAGCCUUUGAGAAGGCCUUCUCCCAGGAGAAGGAGUUGGAGUCCCUACGGACCGCAUUCAGCAUAUUGGCGGGGCCCCGAGCGAAGCAGCUCGGCCCUCAGAUCGUCGGGCAUAUGCUGGAACGUGUAUCCGAUACAACAACAGAAAAGCUGAUCGACAUGAUGGUCGACCAAAUGUUGAUCAGUAAGGCAACCAUUAGCCUCGUCAGCUUCGGCCUUGGAUGA